AUAGUCUUCAACAGUCUAUAUUACAAAGCAGAGCUAGUCUGUGUCGUAAUAUCUAGGUUGAAGGUUUGUCACAACCUUUUUUUUAACCUAGCGGAAUUCCCGGAAGUACAGCAUCAAGGAUAUCAGCAUUUGAAAGCUCUGGCGCUUCAAACGACGGUCCAUCUUCUCAAUUGACCUGGAGAAGGCCUACCUUUGGAUGGUUGAAUGUACGGGUAGCCGUUUACAUGAAACAGACCAGCAAGACAUCUGAAGAAGGUAUAUGAAGCCGUCUGUAGCUUCUGCCAGGAGAGCCCAUGGAGCCAGACAUCAUGCCCAUGUACUCCUCCUCGCCUCCUCCACUGGACGAUGAAGACGAGGCAAGCACAGAAGAGGAUGAGGACGACUUUAGAGAAUUCAGGGGGUUUUGUGGGGCAGGGUCUGACAGCUUUAGCUUCCCCAAGUUCACUCACCUGCCCCCAUCAGACCUCAACCAGCCCAGCCAAGCUGCUGCAGAGCACUUUGCUAACAGUGGAAAUAGAAUUUCUCAAUUAGGGGAUUCCAUCCCUGAAUCUCACUCUGUGGAGAAAUCCCAACCCACCUCCACCAUUACCACUGGAGUAUGCAGGGCUCAUCAACAGAAAGAGCAGUGCUGUAACAGGGAACACCAUAAGUCCCUCUCCAACGUGCUCUCAGAGGGUGAGACCUUCAGGCAUUCAACCUUUGGGACCAACUCGGUUUCUGCACCGGGUGCCCACUCUUUAAGCGAGGAACCCGGGUUUGUGGAACUGUCUGUGUUCUCAGAAACUCAAGUACAUCCUUGGUGCUGUGGCUUCACACCCUCUGGUACUGCAAAGGACUGGGGGGAUAGAGCCGAAAGUACAAACAGGGAAGAAUGCUUGAAAACCAAACAGCAGACAGUCACAGACUGUGAGCUGCGAUCCGUAGCAGGAGAAAGGGUCAGGGAUCGCACAAUCAUCCAUCACUGUGAGCAGAGGGAUACAGGAUUCACACACCCUCCUCAGGACCACCGCCUAAAGGCUCCCGCUAGUCUCUCUUUCCCCUCAGAGGUGCUUGAUUCUGGGGAUGAAGACCUGGAGGACCUUAGGAGUGAGGACAGGACGCCAAGUCUGAGCCAGUCUAUACAUCUUAAAAAGGCACCUGAACUGGUAGUUGGAAAGUCAGAUGAAGAGAAAGAGGUAGAGAUAGAUAGUGAAGAAAUAGAGCAGAGUGCCUCUCCUCUAAACAACACAGUCAGUGAGUCUUCAAGUGAGGACUUUGCUUCGUUCUGUGAUGCUGUGUCUCCAGUUGGCGUGGAGGAUUUUGGGGACUUUGUCCAGACGAUCGAUACUCCUUUGCCACCUGCUCCAGAGAAAAAAGAGGUGGUGUCAGGUUACCUCAGGGAAGAGACUGAGAUCCAGUUGGAAGAGGAGAGGGAGAACAUCAGGGAUGCUGGGAUUUCCCCCAGCCAAUUAAAUGCCUCUUUAGAGGAGUCCAGGAUACAAGGGGAAGAGGAGUGCUCUGCAGAUCUCAACCAAAAUCAGAGAGAGGUUGGGGAUAAAGACCUUGACCAAGCCCAAGACAGUGGAGUGAGGGAGUGGGCACAGAUUGGCCUCCCCCCCAGUGACAGCUUUGCAGACUUCUGCUCGGCACCCUCAGAUCAGGAGGAAUGCUUGGAAGGAGAAGCUGGAGGAGACUGGGUGGCGUUUGAUGUGAUGGGGGCUCCGACUGAGUUUGUGGCCACCUGGGCAGAUUUUGGAGAUCCUGGUAGUUCGGCUGGGCAGAAAGAAGACGAGACGGAGGACAAAAUAUGUCAGAGGGACACUGCCGCAAAAAGAGAGCAAGCCUCAUUUUCUAGACAACUCCACAGACUUCUUCAGGACUGUUUCCAUGCAGUGAAGAUCCAACAGGAGAAAGAGGAGGAGGAGGAGGAGGAUGUGUGUGUGCCCAGCCUUGGGGCAUUGCUACAGCACCACGACGCUCAGCCUGAAGAUGGAGAGAAGCAACAGGAGGAGGAGGAACCCCACUAUGCAGCCCACUGGGUUCCGAGAGGUGUGUGGCGACAGCCCUGUGAAGUCCAUGACGCCUUUGGCCUGAAGUUCCAGUGGGGGGGUUCCCACAGCAACAGAAUACUACUCCACUGCCUGGGCAUGGAUACCAGAAACAUUCUUUUUACUGGACAGACCAAGCAACCAGUGAUAGUUCCUGUCUUUGCAGCCAACCUCGGUAUGUUAGAGCCCACCAAAGAGUCAGUGAAAGCAGCAGGGCAGACAGCUGAAACUGCACAAGUACUUCCUGGAUCCCAGGAAACAAGAAGAGCUCUCUUUUCAGACUCGGCACAGGCAUCGUUCUUGACCAGCCAGUGUGACAGGACCAGCAGUGGCCUUAGCAACCCUCAGGGCGCCAGCGGAGGCACCUUUGUGUUAAACCUUGAUUAUUUUGGGCCUGUGGAGGACUGUGGGUCCAGCAGUAGCAGCAGCAGGAGCAGCAGCCCUCCACCAGGGGUAGACCGUGAGCUGUAUGAACUGACCACAGCAAAACUGGAACCCAGAAUUAACAGUAGCCACCUUGAAGAGACCUUCAAUCGCCUUAUGACCUCUAUGGAGAUAACCAGCACUGCUACAAGUAACCGAGAACCACAGCAGGACAAAGAUCUGAGUGCGGAAGCAGCUGCUGUGGUGUGCGAGGUACCUGAUCUGUCCUUCAUGCGGGCCAAGGUCCUGAUGUUUCCCAGUAUCCUCAUACCACCAGAGGGUUAUUCCACAGCACUGAAGUGAUGGCCCACACACAGACUUUAAGGUUAUGGCCAGAAGUCAUUGAUAUAUCAGUUCCCAACACAUGGCUGUCACUGACACUUUCCAAUCACCUACAAUCUAAACAGAAGCAAUAUAAAAAUGUAUCUACUCCAAAUAAGUGAAACACUGAAUAGACAGACUGAGGUCUACUUGAUCAUAAAACUUUUUUUUUUUUUUUAAAUACUUCGAUUACCGAAUGUUUUUGCCUCUUGACAAUUUGGCAAGACGUUUUCCUCCGUCCCUCUUGGGAAAAGCUUCAAGAUUAUCCAGAGGUAUAUUGGUAUCACUGGUAGGGAAUCACUGUCUUUAGCUGUAUUUAAUAGCUUUAGAUUUGUUGUAAUAACUUUGGGGUGCUGAAUAUAUUUUGUAUAUUUAAAAUGUAUUUAUUUAUUUGCAUAUACUGUAGAGUGCAAGAAUUUCUUCCUUUGAUUAAAUAGAUCAAAUUCAAUUUGUGUUUGUACUUGGCUGUUCGCUCCACCGCAGGUCAUAUGUAAGUCAUAUGUAAGUCUGUGUCUACAGGUACUUUGAUUGACAUGGAAAUGGAAACACGUUGAUGAUCAAAUUGUUUGUUUGCCUACAAUAUUUCAAUAUCUUUUGUUCUACAGCAAUGGUCCUUAAACUAACUUUAAUUCUAUGGAGUUUUUGGGGAGCUAGUUAAUUAGUUAUUAUUAAUGGAACACAAAAUGGAUGGCUUAUUAACUGUCUUUAUAGCUGAAGUAUUUCCUUAGUUUAAGUAAACUUUGAAGUACUGAUCGAACACAACUAGCCUACCAAUUGUUCUGAGACCACAGUUUCUUCUGUCAUGCAUUAACAGCUACUGCAAUCUUUCACUCACUCAUUUACGCUCUCUAUCACACACACACACACAUACACACUCAAUUUGGCAAUUUACAUGAAAGGUUUCUGUCUUUGUAAUAUUUAUAUUAAAAAGUUAGUUUUUAAUAUAAAUAUAAUUUAUUGUAAUCAUAAACAGUUUGAGUGCUCGUCAGUUAAAUGUUUUUCAUAUUCAUCUGUUGGUCUAAAAUAAAGUGUCUUGUCCUUUUUUCCACAAAAAAGAUUUGGUAUGAAAUACAAAUGGAACUUAUUUGCCUACUGAGUUGUAAAAGCACUCAUUGUCAAUGCAGUCUCAUCUGGACUGCUGCAGUGCACUCCCAUUUCCUCUCACACACAAUUAGCUGUCUUCAUAUAUUAUGUUUUUAUUGGGACCAGUUUAGACUGAAGGUGUAUAUUGUGGUUUGACGCACGCAGCUGUAGUAAAACAUUGACUGAUUUUAUAGCUACAAUGACGAAUACAAUGCUUGGAUUUGAUUCUAAGAUUUACAAGUGAAUGAUAGAGAUAAAACAUUCUAAUAAAACUUAAAAGGAUAAGCUGUCAUAUAAUUGCAGGGAGGCCAACAAACUGUAAUAAAUAAGUUGUGAGAAACAUUUUUCCAAGGUAAAGAUCUGCAAUUGACAAUUAACAUAAUGUAAAAUAAAUAAUGUAAAAACAUGUUGGAAAAAGAUUCCAGACUAGGGGUGCAUUUCACACAAACACAGCAAGAGAAAAGGGGUAGGAGUUUUAAGUUAUGAAUUUCGUUAUCUGUUUUUUUUUUACUUGGGUCUUAGUUUAUCUGUGCAUAAUGGUGGCAAACUAUUUGCCAAAUUUAAAAUGUUCAUGGGGACAAUAUGAAAAUAAAAACACAUCAAGACAA